GAAAAGUUUCCUGAUCUCGCUUCCUGGUUCGCCUCCUUCGACUACGUCUUCGAUGGUUGCCAUGGUGAUAAAUUACAGCUCUCGCUCAUAGCUGCAACUUCCUCGAGUGGCCGCCCACUGUCAACACACACAUCCGCUCCGGGCGCGACGUGGAUCGGCGAACAGCGCCUCAGUCCUCGGUGCAUGCGCAGUCCGUCCGGUGCUUCUUCAAAACAAGCAAAACUAAAGCGCUGAGUGCAGAUUGGAGGUUUUUUUGUGGGUUUCCAAGUCGGCAUGCAGGACACAGGCUCGUUUGUCAGCCCCUUCCACAGACCGCGGUGUCUGGCGGCGGCGGCUCCGGCGGGGCGAGCCAAACUCACCCACCCGGGGAAAGCGAUCCUGGCCGGUGGAAUCGCAGGUGGCAUCGAGAUCUGCAUUACAUUCCCCACAGAGUAUGUGAAGACUCAGCUACAGCUGGACGAGAAGGCCAAUCCUCCCAAAUACAGAGGGAUAGGUGACUGUGUGAAGCAGACGGUGCAGAGUCAUGGUGUGAAAGGGCUGUACAGAGGACUCAGCUCCCUGCUGUACGGAUCCAUCCCCAAGUCUGCCGUCAGAUUCGGGGUGUUUGAGUUCCUCAGUAACCGAGCCCGAGAUGAGUCCGGCCGGCUGGACAGCACCAGGGGUCUGCUGUGUGGCCUGGGCGCCGGUGUGAUGGAAGCUGUCGUGGUGGUGUGUCCCAUGGAAACUGUCAAGGUGAAAUUCAUCCACGACCAGACGUCGGCGAACCCCAAGUAUAAAGGCUUUUUCCACGGAGUUCGAGAGAUAGUCAGAGCACAAGGUCUGAGAGGGACGUACCAGGGACUCACUGCCACGGUCCUUAAGCAAGGCUCCAACCAGGCCAUCCGGUUUUACGUGAUGACGUCACUGAAGAACUGGUACAAAGGUGAUGACCCCAACAGAGCAAUGAACCCUCUGGUGACCGGAAUAUUUGGAGCCGUAGCCGGGGCAGCCAGCGUUUUUGGAAACACCCCGCUUGAUGUCAUCAAGACCAGAAUGCAGGGUCUGGAAGCACACAAAUACAAGAGCACGGUGGACUGUGCCGUCAAGAUCCUGAGGAACGAGGGCGUGGCGGCUUUCUAUAAGGGAACAGUCCCCCGCCUGGGCCGUGUCUGUCUGGACGUGGCCAUUGUUUUCAUCAUCUACGAGGAGGUGGUCAAGGUGCUGAACACAGUCUGGAAGACCGACUAAACACCUGGCUGUCACUCGGAGCCGACGACAGCUUUCUGCUGCGCCACACACAGAUCUGAGUUUGCUGAGCUGCUGAGAGACCGGAACUGAAACUCCUACUGUGCCUGGUGGAGAUGAAACAGAAGCCUGCCAGUCGUGUUUGUGUCUCCCUCUGCUGCUCAGCACAGACAGGGUCACAUUCACGGAGCAGUUCUGCAAAUAAUGAUGAAAAGUCCUCAAAAUCCAGAAGUAAAAGGAAGGCCAAAGUGCGUCUGAGCUUUAAUAGUUCAUUGGUUGACUUGCUGCUUUUUUAAUCUUGAUUGAAUUAUUGUUUUUUUAUUUCUUAAUAAGGUUAUAAUCAGGAGAAAGUGGUACUAAUGUAAGUAAAUUCAUGUUGUGUCCUGACCCAGUGUUCAUCACCAAGCCUUAUCUUAGUAAUUUCACUGCAGGCUGAUUAUUUUUAUAAAAUGGAGAAUGGAAUUUACCAUACUGACAGCAUGACAGUUCAACAUAUACAGUAUAUAGAUGAUGUCUGUGCCAACAGCUAUGAACGUGUAUCAGAACAAACAGAAGAAUGAUCAGUAAUUACACUGUGACCUAUUUUAGUAAUAAUUUAUUAAAUGUUGAAUGUAGCGGUUGUGGCUUGAAAAAGGUGCUGUCGUGUUUUUCUGUGAAGAUAAUUGCUGUAUUUCUCUGUGAGUCAUAAUCGGACUAAUGAGCGUAACACUUGGUUAUUUACCCUCUUCAAACAUUUUGUUUACAUCAUGCAUUCCUACAUGUUUCAUUCAUUUCCUUUACUUUAAACACUCAUGUGCCUUUUCUGUCUGGAUGUUUGGUGCCGAAAGAAAAAUCCAGUGGUGUGCCUGGGUACUGCCAACUAAUAAAUGGCUUUGUUGCACCUUUAGUGUUGGUGUUGGUGUCAUUCAGAGUCUAGAUAACAGCUAAACUUGGUCAUUGCCAUGUGAAGACAAAAAAGACACUGAGGGAUUCAUCUGUCUUCCAUUAUAUUUAGGAUUCUCUGUAUUGCAACCUCGUGAAUCAGGGUGGUGGAGUCAAACUACCCUUCAUCUUGGGAGUGUGAUGUAGGACAGUGAUAAAGUUUAUUGCAACUUCAUUCAAAUAGGUUGAAAAAAAGAUAAUUGCUUGUAGUGACCAAGGAUGGACUUUAAGUCACAACUUGAAUUGCAAUAUAAGAUUAGAUAGAUUAAGGUGAAUAAGCAAGGAAUAAGCAAGGGGGCAACUUCUUCCACCUGGAGACUCUCUCACUAUACUUAGAUUUCAUUUGAAUUUCAUUUAGGUCUGUAUUUAUACUGUACCGUAUAUGACCUAUGAGCAGUAUGUUUAUAUAUAUAUAUAUAUAUAUAUAAACGUUUUUUAAAUAUAAAUAAAUAUACUGAAAAGUAUACCUUUGACCCUUGACAUUUUAUUAAGUCCACUUGAUGAAGAGGUCAAGAAUCAAAUUGUAAUAAAUAUAUUUUAGAUUACUUGCUACAUGUAGGCUAAGCUAAAUCUUACACCUGCAGGCUAAUAACUGGGAUGCCAAGUGAAACUGUUUUGGAUGACAAACUUUAAAUAAAUGUGUUCAUUAAAUCCUAACAAACAUUCACCUCUUGUUUCCCAUUACCCUUCACAUUAACAUUUUUGCUUCAUCUAUCAAUAUCUUCCAACCACACCAAAUGCAUGCAACAAUCCUUGGUACAUGAAGACAACAUGAAGUUAACGUGAAGACCUCUUGAUCAUUGACAUGAUCUUUUUAUUGAAGUGGCUCAGUGUGUCUUUGAAUUUGGUGCAAUAAACAGAAACUUGUUGUUUCUCUGU